AUGCACUUUGCCAAGAAACACAAGAAGAAGGGACUGAAGAAGAUGCAGUCCAAUAAUGCCAAAGCCAUCAAGGCCCAAACAGAGGCCAUCAAGGCUCUGAACACCAAGGCCUCCAAGGCCAAGCUCCUCAGGCCCAAGAUAUCCAAGGCCAAUGCCCAGUGUGCUGGCCAAAAGAUGGCCACCAAGCGCCCAGGCCCAAGGGUUGACAUCAAACAUCCAGGAUCCAAGAUCACAAAGCCUGACGCCAAGGUUGCCAGAACCACUGACCCCAAGAAUGCCAACCCCACUGACCCCAAGGCUGCCAAGCCCACUGAUCCCAAGGCUGCCAAGCCCACUUCCCCCAAGGUCACCAAGUCUGACUCCAAUAUCACCAAGUCUAACCCCAAGGCCACCAAGUCUGGCUCCAAGGCUACUAAAUCUGAUACCAAGGUCACUUAG